AUGAAAACUAAGCGCUGCUUCCCCACAGUGGCAACCUCCACAGAUCAAUACUCCACCUUAUGGACAACGUCUCUGCCUGGAGACCUGCUUCUCCUCAUAGCAUGGCGAGUUCUGGCCGGUGACUUCCUGGACUACAUCCGCUUCCGCGCCGUCUGCAGGCCGUGGCGCGAUGGCACCGUGAGCCCACACGGCCGCAGCCUCGUGGACCCACGCUUCCACCCGCGCCGCUGGCUAAUGUUUCCCGAGGGCCACGGCCUCCACCCUGGACACAACAAGCUCCGCGGCCACCUCCGCUUCCUCAACCUCGACAUAGGAAUCUAUGUCCAUGUCAAGCUCCCACAUUUCAACAACCACUGCAUCAUUGACUCAGUGGACGGCCUUCUCCUCCUCCAGCGCGACCACGACUCCGCGGUUCUCCUCCUCCACCCUUUCACCGGCGACCUCGCCGAGCUCCCCUCGCUCUCCUCUCUCCAAAACAAGAUGCAGAGGUAUAUGCACAACGCCCAGUACUACCACCUGAAUGACGAGCACGACAGUUGGUUUUUUUCCAGAAUUGGCAUGGUUGCAUCCAUCUCUUGUGAUGCCAAUGCUGCAAUCAUCACCGUCAUGAUUCUGUUCCAUCGUGUGUUCGUGGUUGCCUUUGCUACCACCGAGGACACACAGUGGAAUGUCCCGAGCUGGUUCAUCCCACCAGUUUCUUCACCACUGUCGUUUCGUGGCAGCAUAUACGUGGUGGUGCAGAUGCCCAUCUUUGAUGUUUCAAUGAUCGGUGGUUCACUGGUUUUCCGGAUCGACCCUCCCCCACAGGCCGGUUCACCGCCACCGCUGCCGGAGCUGGUCGCCACGUGCCCGCCGGAUAAACUCUUCUGCGGUUACCAUCUGGUAGUAUGUGGCUCGGAGAUACUGGUCGUUGGCUUUACUGACAAUUCCUACAUGGAUAUUUUGAUGUACAAACUUGAGGACAUUAUGUUGGAGAGGUUUGUCCCCGUGACGAGCAUCAGAGACCGCGCCCUCUUCAUCUUCAAUCAAAGAAGCUUGAGUGUCUCCACCAAGGCGAUGCCAACGGUGACGGCAGAAACCGUUGUGUGCAUAGAUCCAAAAACAAACCACGACUCGCAAUACCACCUUGAUACUCGCACUUGGUCUCUACCAGUCGACGAACAUGGCAUCCGUGGCUACCGUCCGGGUCCGCGUAGCCUCAUCCAUCAUCUCAUUACCUGUUGCCAUCCCCGUGCAUGGUGCGUAGGUCUAUUUCUCAACAUAUUAUAUAUGUUGCAAUUAUUUUCCAUUGUAUCAUCUCAUUUACUCGACAAGCUAAUAUUGCCCCUUGUCCCCUUUAGGAACAAAGGGCACAUAUAUUCUGUAAAGGAAGCGAAUAAGGCUGGAUGGCUGUUUUGGAAGGUUAAGAGGAAGUUUCGCCAUUGGGUAAUUGCACAAAACUAUUCCUCUUGUUCCGUACUCUCAAGUGAUGCCUUUGAUCAAGUCCUAACUGGAUUGUUGGAGAGUUUCUGA